GGUGGUGCUGGUCCAGAUGGCGUUUCCGCUGUACUGCGUGAUCAGGAACGCGUGGUGGGGCAAGUCAGCGGCGUCCGAGACUCCUUCCCAUAGCCUGAGUAAGUCGAGCUCCACAGAACCAGUGUCAGCUUCUAGCCUCAACCCUGAGUCAGUGACCGCACCAGCAGUGUCAGCUUCUAGCCUCACCGAUAACCAGUCAGUGUCAGCUUCUAGCCUCACCGAUAGCCAGUCAGUGUCGUCAGGUUCUAGCCUCACCGAUAGCCAGUCAGUGUCAGCUUCUAGCCUCACCGAUAGCCAGUCAGUGUCAGCUUCUAGCCUCACCGAUAGCCAGUCAGUGUCAGCUUCUAGCCUCACCGAUAGCCAGUCAGUGUCAGCUUCUAGCCUCAAUGAUAGCCAGUCAGUGACCGCAUCAGCAGUGUCAGCAUCAGAGUCAGCUGACACUGCUGAUGCAGCAGUGUCAGCUUCUAGCCUCAACGAUAGCCAGAGUCAGUGACCGCAUCAGCAGUGUCAGGUUCGAUCUGACAUUUGUUGAAAAGGGGAUUAAAGGGGAAAAUGGGUUACCAUUGUGAUUAAUUGAUGGUGACGUCAUUCAUUAAA